GGACAAUGAGAAAAAUAUUCUCAAGUCUCUAGAAGACCCAUUGAGGUCUGGGUCACUGUUGUUGAAGACACAACAUCCAAUCCCUCCUCAAAGGAAUCUGAAAAGUGGGAAGCGUCUGAAAAAAAACCUUAGAGAGAGACGCUCCCAGGAUUUCGCGUCCGUACUGGCUAUGGCGGCGCAAAUGUCACGUGGAACCUUGGAUUGAAUUCGAUUUCGUGGUUUUCUUGGUCGUUCUUCAUUCUCAGUUCAUUUCCGCACCUGGUUUUGAAUUUAGAUAAAUGAAUCGUGGCCAAAAAACCUAAAAUCGAACAUCAAAUUUGCGAGAAAUAUUGUUCACGUUAAUUCUGUAUUGCGAGUCGAUUUUGAGCUUUAACUUGAAAUUUGUUUAGUUUAGCUGCAAUUGAAGGAGUGCUGGGUGUUCGCCGGUACUGGGUGACCCCUGUGACUGAGUUUCUUGGAAUUUUUGGGAUCGCGUUUGGGUUUACCUGUUCGCGUUUUACCUGCUCUGCGACCCCUGUGGCUGGGUUUACCUGCUCUGCGACUUCAACGAAGACAGGUAGGCUACCGAGAUGGCAAGGAAGAAGCAAGGAGUAGGGGAUUCCUCCACUACGAGAACUACUACGUCGUCUACCAGAUUUGUUGUCCUGGACGGGAUGGAAGAAGACUUCCCAACCCUGACCUCUGCGAACUGCGUACAGGGGAAACCUGCUGCAAAAAACGCAGGUCCUCCUGGGAAGGCUGCGAUGGAUGCUGCUGAUGCUGGGAUGCCUGGGACUGCUGUUGCUAGGACUCCUGGGACUGCAGUAGCUGGGAAUCCUGUGAUUGUUGCUGAUGUUAGGAGGCCUGGGACUGCUGGGUGCACUGGCAGUAACCUUGGCCGAACUCCUAUUGAGCAUCACGUUUGCACUGCUGGAAAAUGGAAAAGCUACAAAGGAUGACACUGUGCAGACAAUUGCUAAACAGUCCGCUGCCAAGCCUUGGAACGCACUAUUCAAAGACAACCGAGAACCCUCUAAUGGUCUAAAAUUGAGGUAUAUCCGGCCAAAAGGCAACUCAUUAGACUUUGUUGAUAGGAAUUUCCCCUCCAUGAUUGAGAUGUGGGGAUUUUGCCUGGUUAGACUCUUUACCGGAAAACACCCCGGUCUUAAGACCAUCUAUGAAUUGAAAAAUACUUGGGGUGUUAGUUGUAUUAUGAAAACCCAUCAAAAGGGGUGGGUUAUUUUUAAAUUUCACAAUGAUGAACAUAGGCAAAAAGUUUUGAAAGGGGGACCUUAUACCAUUUUGGUAUACAACUAAUGUUAAAAUCUCUCUCAGAGGAUUUUUCAUUUGAUGAUGAUGAAUUUCUUAAGAUCCCCAUUUGGGUUAAAUUUCCCAAUUUACAUAUGAAGCUUUGGAAUGAGGAAGCUAUGAGUGAGACUGCUUCCAUGGUUGGGGUUCCACUAUCCACGGAUAAAGUAACCCAAGAUAGGAGCAAUCAUCUCUAUGCUAGGGUUUUGAUUGAGUUUUAUGUCUCCCAACCACCGCCAUUAUCAUUUCCUAUUCGACUACCUUCCCGUAAAGUAGUCAAUCAAACUGUGGUUUAUGAGACCUCUCAAACUUCUGUUUCCAUUGCAAAGAAUAUGGGUACUACCCAUUUAUUUGUAAGAAACUGGCAACUAAAGAACGGGAAAAGGCUAACGAAGAAAAGGAAGAAAAGAGAGUAAUCGAGGACAUGGGGACAAAACUUAACGACAAGGAAAAGGAAAAGAAAAAAUUACAAAUAAAGGGAGAUGAGGCUCAAACUAGCACUCCAGAGAAAGAGUUAAGGGCUGAGGAGGAGGGGGAGAUACCUCGGGAUGAUAAUGUGAUUGCAACUGAGCCAGAAGGGGUACCGAUGAUUGCAUCAAAUGAUGUGGGGAUGAUCUCCACACCUGAAGGGACACCGGAUGACACGGAAAGUGAGGAGGAGGAAAAUGAGGAAUCAGACUCUAAUAAACCUGUUUUCAGCGAAGAUGAGAGGCAAAUUAUUGAUGAAUGUAAGAUGAGAAUUCUGCUCCUUAGAAGGAAGAAGCGACUAGAAGCUGAAGAUGUUCAAGAAGAACUUGGCUAGCGACUUUUGUGUUUAAUUAAUUACUUUUUGGAGGAUGUGAUGUGAUAGAUGAAUUAAUUUCAGUAAGAUACUUUAUAUUUAGGUUAGAGUCCUUCUAACUUAGGUAGCCUUUCUUCUGAUCAGGUUUGAUACAUUGUAUAAUGAUAUUUUUGGAUAUUGUUAAUAUAAUUACCCUUCAU